CAGUUAGUACAAACCAAAAGCACAAGCUGCCGGCCCUCGCUUGCUAAAUGAACCAACCAUAAAUCUUUAGCAUCUCUCCGAACUCCCUGAAUCAACUGAGCCUGCUAAUUCAUCAAGCCAUCAGAAUGCCCAAAUCGAGGGAAGUGUUGUCGUCCACGUCUGGCAGUGACUCUGACAGUGAGGUGGUGAAGACCAAGAGGAAGAAGCCCAGUGUGCCACCAGAGAAGCCAGUGGCCAAGAAACAGAAGCUGAGUGGAGAGAGCUCUAGACCUGGAGCAGGAGGGUCCUCCAAGGCUGCAAACACCAAAACGGAGGAUGGCAUGUUCCAGAUUGGGAGAAUGCGAUACGUCAGUGUGAGGGAUUUUAAAGGGAAGUGUUUAGUUGACAUCAGAGAGUACUGGACGAACCAGGAUGGUGAAAUGAAGCCUGGCAAAAAAAGGUAUCUCCUUAAACCCGGAGCAGUGGACCCAGCUCAAGGACCAGAUGUCAGAGAUCGACGACGCGAUCAAGAGAAUAUGAUGACCAUUCCCAGGGUGCUGACAGUCCAGCUUGCCUAUCUAGUGAUCUUAGACGUCGCCACUGACUUUUAGGAUGAGUCACAAAUUGCACCCUGUUCCCUAUAUAGUGCACUACUUUUGACCAAGGCCCUAUGGGGAAUAGGGUGCCAUUUGGGACGUACACUUACAUUUGGCAGAAAAAUGUUUUUGUGAAAGGACUGAAUUAUUUUAUAAUUCUAUGUUUGCUGUUCUGGGUGAAUUAGUUAUUUUGCAUGUGCUGUUUUAGUUUGCUCAGUGCAAAAAAUUUUUGUUUUGUUUUGAACUAUGAAGAUGUGUAUUUGGUUAGUAUGGUUAAAUGAUGAACACUUGAAUAAAUGUUUGUAUUAAAAUGAUUUAAAAGCCA